AUGGGCAACUCCUCGUCGUCCCCCUCGAACCCCGGGUCGCCGAACCCGGGUGCCUCAUCCACUAGCGCUACCGCGCCUGGCGCAUCUCAAUCCGCCACCCUCCCUCGCUCCUCUUCGCGACCCAUCACUACCGCAGGGUCCGGCGCCCCAUCCACCUCAACCUCCGAUCGCCCUGCCUUCCACUCAGGCCUCACCCCACCCGCUCACCCCCCCUCGCCGCCCGCACCAUCCACGCCCCUACUCCUCCCUCAUGCUGGUCAUCUAUCGCCGCAGAACCCCCACGCCCUCUCCCACCCGCAAGCACACGACUACUCAAAAACGGUAGUCACGCGACUCAUCAUGGAGGCCAAGCUCGCGCCUUUCUACCGCGGCCUGGAGGACUACGAGGAGGACUGGUCCCUCGACGAUAUAUCCAAGGUGGUCGAUGAGGUCAGGGCGGCGGAUCUCGAGGGAGGAGUGAGCAAUAGCGUGACGGAGCGGAUGAAGGAGGAUAAGGCACAGCCGGGCGGGGUGGGCUCAGUGGCCAAGAAGAUGGGCAUCAACAAGGCCAAGGCGGCAAGGGAGAGGGAAGAAAGGGAGGCGGUGCUAGACAGGGAGAAGAGGGCUUACUUGAACGCUACAGAGUGUCCUAUAUGUUUCCUCAACUAUCCCCCAAAUAUCAACACCUCGCGAUGCUGCCAACAACCCCUCUGCACAGAAUGUUUCGUCCAAAUCAAACGGGGCGAUGCUACCCUCACCCACCUGGAAUCCGACCCCGCCUGCUGUCCCUACUGCAUGGAAACGGAUUUCGGGGUAAUAUAUGAACGGCCACCCACACCCACAUCGACCCAGCGGUCCAUGUCGUCCUCGGCCCUCGCUACUUCUCCGGAGGGCGCGACGAGCGGGUUCAGCCAGGCAUUGAGUCUGGGGGAUGAUGAUGAUGCGGAUCUGAGCAUGGGGCCGGGAAUGGCGCCAAAGGUGCAGGAGACGGUCAGGCGGAAGAGUGUGAAUGCGAAGGAUAAGCAGGUGGUCACCAUCGACGAAAUCAGGCCGGAUUGGGAGGACAAGCUGAAUGCUGUCAAGGCUGCAGCUGCACGAAAGGCGUCGAGGCGGAUCGUCAUGCGCCAAGUGGGAGAUCGACUCGUACCUAUCGGCUUCACCUCGUCUCGCGCGACGGGCACAGCGGAUUUCAGCAUGUCGAUCGGGACGGGGACGGAUGAGAAUGGAUCGAGGAGGAGACGAGCUGCACCUGGACGAGAGCGAGAUCUGGAAGAGCUUAUGAUCAUGGAGGCGAUGAGAUUAUCGGUGAUCGACCACGAAGAGCAUCAGCGGAAACAGACGACAGUGGAACCAGGAACCAACCUCGGUGGCGGACCCCCUCCCACAAACACCUCCGGCUCUACCACCCCCAUCCCCAGCGGCGAACCCAGCACCUCCACCUCCUCAUUCCGCCGUCGAGCCGGAACGGAGGGAUCCAACUCCCAACCUCCUGCGCCAGUUAAGGAGAAGGCGACCUCCAAGCUGUUUAGCAAAUUUGGGAAUCGGAGUCGGUCAGGAAGUAAUGCGAGCCAGCGGGUGACGUUUGCGCCGGACACAUCGAGGCGGGGAAGUAUUGCCGGGAUGGGGAUGGGCAGUGGACUGGGAAGCGGGGCGAGCUCGUCCUCGAACUUACCGGCCGGAGGCGUGGACCACUCGCCUGGCCCAAAUCCGUCGAGCCCGCUUGUACCAACUACGAGCUCGUCGACGGCCACGGUUACAUCUAGUCCGCUUAGUUCGGCGCCAGGGUCGGCGGUGCCGAGGAUAAGUCUGGAUAUGGCGCCGUUAACGCCAGAGCCGGCGUUUGGGGCGGGGGCGGCGCGGAGUAGUGUGGAUACGACGAGGACGGCGUGA